UUAAGAUAAGGUAGAGAGCCUUGAUAUUAAAUUCAUUUUAUUAACAUCAAGGCUCUCUAAGAUAAGGGAUAUUUAAAAAUGCUGAUAUCAUUUUUUAUUUUUACCGAUAUUAUUUUCUUGUCGGCACCUGUAGCACUGUAGAACCCGUCCAUUCAGUCCAUCCAAUCCAUCCAAUUAGACGUUCCCGUAAAAUAUUAUUAUGUCUAUGGCACUGACACUCCCCGAUAACGAGCCGCAAGUCGCAACUGGCACACAAUUAUGCACACACACACUUACAACGCAACAAUGAUAAUAUUCGAAAAUAAUAAUUUACAACGCCGAAAAUCCCCGCGGUUCUUUUUUCAUUAUAAUUUAUAACCAUUAUUCGUUAUGCGUUUAUACGAGUAAUACGCGUUUUGUGUUAAUUAUAUUAUCCAUUUUAUACCUAUUGAUAUUAUAUUGUUCUUUUUAAUUUUUUUAUUUCAAUUUUCAAUAAUAUCAAUAAUACUGUACACCGCGACGCCGUUGAACUCGACAAAACCGUAAAAUUCUAGAAUCGCAAACGUUCACGGCCACCGAUUUUGUUUCGUUGUGAUUCGCGGUCGCGUGUUCACUGUUGUCACUUGUCAGUUACUCAAUUUGCAGUCCAACAGUUGCCAGUUGUCACUUGUCAAUUGCCGCUCGCCGUAUAGGUACCUACUCUUAUUCUAGUCUCGCACAGCCGUACGCCGAAACCACUAUCGACGUCACGCUGAUAAUCGCUGCUCCUACGUCCUACGACCUACGCCAACUCAGCACAACAUACCACGUACUUCCCGGUAAGCGACUAGAUGUUAGGUGUGUCAGUAAAAGAAAUGGAUACCAUUCAGGCUUCACCUGGUGAAAAUAAUCUAAUAAAGCAAGUUCUGAAAUCAAAUGAAUAUCAACCAACACAUUUUAGAAAUGACUCUCACUCUGCAAGAAUACUAGAAGAUUUACAAUCUCUACGCAAAAAUGAAGUUUUAUGUGAUGUUAGAUUUGAAGCAGAUGAUGGUAAAAUUGUAAUUGGACAUAAAAAUGUUUUAAUAGCAGCUAGUCCAUAUUUUCAUGCAAUGUUCAGUAAUUUUGAAGAGAGUAAUAAAGAUCUUGUUACCAUAAGAGAAUUAGAUUCCACCAUUUUACAGCUAUUAGUAGAUUACAUUUAUACUGGAGAAAUUAUGGUCACAAAAGAAAAUGUGCAGGCGUUGUUACCAGCAGCAAAUGUAUUACAGUUAGAUUAUGUAAAUGAAGUAUGUGCUGAGUUUUUACAAAAACAACUGGAUUCAUCAAAUUGUCUUGGUAUCAAAGCAUUUGCUGACUUACAUAACUGUACAAAAUUGUUGUCGAGUUCUGAAGCAUACAGGGUGUAA